GAACCCUUCAUGGUAUAUACUGUAGGAGUCGGGCAAUAGAGGAAAAACAAUAGAAAUGCACUGAUAGCAUGCAGAUCACAGACAAGAGACCACUCAGGCACAUCCGCUGGCCCCACAGUGGGGAUACAAUGCGGAUAAGCUUCACCCCUCAUCAGAAAUUUUUUUUAUUAUACAGACUUUUGUGUUUACAAACUCAACAAUACCAAAAUAAAAGACCCUUGGACAUAGUAUCUAUUUGUAUCGUGGAAUAGCGUACAUUAUACACAAGACCACAAUGAACCCACUACGCUACUUGGCGUCCCCGCGCCCAUUCACAGAAAUUUCCACCUCCACAACCAAAGAAAUCAAGGAAAGGAUCAGCUAUGUGGACUCCAUGAAAGCGAACCCUCACUUCAAAAUCUCCGAAGAAAGGGAAGAAGCUCUUUUUGAAUACUUGGAAGCCUGCCACACACUGACCAAUGGCUCUCCCACCAAAGAAGAGCGCGAGGUUGCCCAAGCAUGCAUCAGGGAAUAUGAAAAAUCGCUCGAGAACAACGAGCCCGCCCGGCUGUCCUUUGAUCUCGCGACCAAAACCAAGCUAGGCGAAGAGCUCGACAAUCUGUGGAAUAUGUGGACAUUCAACAGAUACGAAAAGUACCUUCCCGAGGACAUAAUUAAGGAUGCUAAGAGCCAUCCUUCGUCUCAAGUGUCUGAUCCCUGGCACAAGGCAUUCUGGAGACCUUUCCACGGACGUCUUGAAGCGGAGAAAGCCUCCUUCGACAAGGUCUUGGUAGGCCAAAAUUAUCAUAACGAGUGCCCGACUUUCCUUUUGCUGGCGCUCCUGUGUGAACGCCACACGGUUGAUUGGGAUGAGACCCUUCAGUUGAUCAAGGCUUGCGCUAGUGAAGGUGACAAGGUAGAUCUCCCCGCGGUGGAUCUUGUUGAGUUCCUCAAGGAACGCGAUGUGACCGGUUUAGCGACUAGACUGGACCGUGAUGAGGCAAGCAUCUCGCUUUCCACGGAGUAUGUUAUGGGCGUUGGAUCAUUGGUUCUGGCUUUCUUCGCUUCUCAUCUCCCGGAAUUUCUGUUCGAUCGAGAUGAGGUGGAACCGGCAGACUGGACACCGAAGGAGUCCUUGAAGGUCCUGCUCGAUCUCGACGAGGCCCAUGUUGAGAAGACCUUCCGGUUCAUGAUGCAGGAGAUGUUCCACAAGAUGGCCGAUGGUGACUCGGAUGAGGAUGAUGAUGAUGUUUACGAUGAUUGGGACAAUGAUGAUGACUCUGACGAUGACAUUGUUAUGAGUGAUGAGUCUGACGACUAUUAAGUGUGUGCUAAUCUGGCGAUUUUGCUUUCCGAUUUGUUAGUUUUACAAAAGAAGCCAUGUAUAUACCAACUUACCACUGUCUUCGGCUAAUAUCAGCUACCCAUAGACGACACAAUACCACAACAAGUAGUUAUCAGCCAACAAUAUCUUUCAUUCAAACUAAGCUACUGCCUCCCUUCAACUACUGAUACCGUAGGAGCGACGAGAAGAGACAAGAAGAGACAAGAAAGCCAACAUCCACCGACAUCCACACUCCUAUCCCAACUCUGCCUGCU